AUGACUCUAAGUCCAGAUUACCCUCCCAUAGGGCUGAGGUCCCCGGAAUUACACUCCCUGGAGCCACCGGACGGUCGCAUUGCUCACACAUUAACGGCUUGCACGAGAUGUAGACAGCGAAAGUCCAGAUGCGACCCCGGGAUUCCACGGUGUGCGCCGUGCGAGCGAAGCAAUGCCAAGUGCGUAUACUAUGAUUCAACUCGAGACUCUACCAUCCCCCGAACCUACAUCGUGUCCCUCAGAGAGAAGGCUCGAGCCCUGGAAAAAGAGCUGGCCAAUGCGGCCAAGGAGAUCCAACAUGCUGCCGAUGCCGAGUUGAUGGUACGGGGCGCCGGGCGCAUCCGCUUCACGGAGAACGACGAGGCGCGAUAUCUCGGUCCCUCGAGUGGCAUUGCCAUGACCCGUUUGGUCAUGGAGAUGGCCAAGCAGAAUACCGAUUCAAAAACCAUUAAAGAUGUGGUCCCCGAGUUCACCGCACAAGAAAUCAAAGAGGCGUUUGCACAAGAAGACUCGAAGCCGACAUCUAAAGUCUAUCCCAUGAUCAGCUCGAUACCGCAAACGAAUCUACCCCCACAGGCUCUGACCUAUAAAUUGAUUGAUCUCUUUGUGGCCAAAGGACAAACACUCCCCAUCCUGCACGAGCCAACAUUUCGGCAAGAGGUAGAUGAGGUCCUCAAUGGCUCCACAGAUCCAUGUCAAAACUUCCAGAUCCGGAUGGUCAUUGCCAUCAGUAUGCAGAGAAUGAGUACAGAGUAUGCCGGUCUCGCUGAUAGUUAUUAUCUUGCGGCCUUGCCCUACCUAGAGCCGACGUUGAAACGCAUGGACCUCGGGGCCCUUCAAUGCCUCGUGCUCAUUGCUUCAUAUUCAAUGUUGACCCCAACUCGCACAGCUGCGUACUGGGUGGUGGGAACGGCUGCCAAACUUGCACAAGACUUGGGAUUGAUCGAAGAGGCCACCGUGAUAAAAUCACCUUGUGGAAAGCCAUUGAAUCCCCUGGAGAUUGAUAUGCGCCGGAGGCUAUUUUGGAUUGUCUCCUCAAUGGAGUUCGGACUAUCUCAUUCUCUGGGCCGAUGCAGUAGCUACUCCCUCAGCCAUGAGCAUAUCGAUGUAAAGUUCUUUGAACUCGUGGACGACCGGUACAUCACCGCUGAAGGGAUAACUCCGGGAGCGAAACCUGUCUUAGCAAAGUGCACCGCCGUCCACUUCUUCAAAAUGCGACUGCUCCAGUUAGAGCCCAGAAGAGUGCUAUACGCGAACAGACGAGAGGUCCCAGUUAACGAUCAGGACCCAUGGUUUGCUCAAAUGUUAGGAAAGAUAGACCACUGGAUGGCCACCACUCCCAAAAAGGAUGAUGGCAGUGGCACGAAUGUGGCAUGGUUCCAAGGGAGACACAACGGGAUCAUUAUUCUCCUGUAUCGUCCCUCGCCACAAAUUCCCGAGCCAACCGUCCAUGCUGCGAAAAUCUGUUACGAUGCAGCCACCUCUAACAUCGCCAUGCACAAGGCACAGAUGAUCUCCGGGUCUGUUGAUCUUACAUGGAUAUUUGUACAAUCACUUUUUAUGGUCUUAAACACUGUCCUUUGGACCCUCUCAUAUCCUGAAAUCCGCAAGGAGCACACCAUCGAGGAAGUACAAGGCCAUCUGGAUACGGCUCUUGAAGUGGUCGUCUUCUCUGCUGAACGUUGGCCUGGUGUUCAAUCCGCCUUCCUUCUAUACAAGCGUCUUAUUGCUGCGUGCUUGAAGGCCUAUAGAACGGAAGAAUCAUUCGUUGUGCACUCACCCUCUAACCAUCCGACACCGACCUCCUCACAAGGGAUUAUGACUCCACCGCCGAUGUCCAGUCCGUCAAGCACUACAACUGCCUCAUAUUACUCCCAUAAUCACCGUGGUGGGAAUCUAUCCAUUGGCGACACUGCCUCAAACGGUACUUUUUCCAGGGGGCAAUCUGCGGAUCCUACGUUUGCCCAAGAAUCAACACCGCCUGCAGUAGCAUCUGGACCGUCAAAACAACUACACAUGCCGUCGGUUUCCUCUGCCUCUGACAUACAGUCAUCGCUCACGACCCAAAAUAUGGCAACGCAUUAUACAUCCGAAGCCUAUAUUGGACCGACAGCGCUCUACCCUGACGUGUCAAUCGACCCCAACACCCCUUAUAACACGAUCCCUUCGGUUGUUCCCGGCCUGCAAGGCUGGGAUCCCAACUUUUCACUUGCCUCAACCACUGCGGGUCACCUAGCAUAUGUUGGUGCGACUGUCGACCCCAUUAAUUGGGCGAACCCCCUUGGAGACCAGUACUCUCAGUUCUUCAAUGAGCCGUUCCCGAUGCCUUCAUGGCGUGAGCGUACCCUCAGUCAACAAGAUCAAAUCGAGCUUCUGGCCUCCCUCGAACACGAUAUACCUGAUGUGUCUUCUCAUCUGGCACAUGAAUAUAAUGCUUUCUAUCAGUCAUGA